AUGAGAGAAGACAAAGCAAAGGAAAUGGACUUGGAUGAGGUUUUGGUUGAGGAUGAUAUCAGGGAGGAGGAGAAUGCUAUAAAGGAUAUUCGAGAUUUUUCAGCACUGGAAAAGAGCAACAAGACUCUUAGCGCUCUUAAUUACUGUAAUCAUUUCCUUAAAAGUUACUGCAAAAAGGAAGGAAUCAGGUAUCAUCGGUUGGAGGACAUUGAGUUUGGUGGAAUCGACAAGAGCGGAAACCCUUUCUGGGAUAAGAUGAUUGCAAGCUUCUUGCAUUAUCUUGGUUCAACGGCUAAGCGGAAUUUCGACGAUUCCAAUGAUGGUCUUUCGUAUCAGACCGCUACCCAAUACGCAUCGGCUGUGAAGCAAUUUGUUGUCAACCAAUUCCGAUUGGAAGAUCGAAUUUCGGUAUUCAGGGAUGAGCAAUGGAGGGUCUUGAGGAAGCAGUUGUUGUCCAUGUACAAGGAAAAUUGCAGGAAGAAUGGAAAGGCUCUUGUGAAUGGACACGAGGGUAGUUCGGACGAUGAUCGUGUCGCAAUUGGAACCGCCUGCAUUUGGGUUGGAGAUCAAAGGUCGGCGCAGUUCUUGGCAUUUGAUGUUACGAAGUAUUACGCAGCAGGAAGAUGCCGAGAGAUCUCUCUUUUAGAGGUGAAACACCUCACACUGAAGCAGAUGGACGAGAAUGGCAGGACUUUCCAUGUCUUGCCUGUGAAAGUCGAUAGGGACAAACAAGGAGGGUCACAGAUUCUUCCAUUGUUCCGCCCUCAUUGGGACCAUAUGCAACAGGAUGUGUAUUUUGCUUUCGCAUACAAUCUGCUGGUGAACAGCUCUGUCGAUAUGGGGAUUGUUGGAGGGGAGCCUCCUAACAUUCACGACAUUCGAGGUGAGGAGAAUUUGUGGCAGGCGAGGAUUGUUUGCAGCUGUUUGUUCAAGGAUGACUGGGAUGGUCAUUGGUCUCCGGCUAUCCGCGAGGUGUUGUUUGCUUCUGUGUUAAUAUUCUACCCCGACCUGAUUGAGCUUCUGGGUCAACACCCGUCAUCCAAGUACCAGAACUUGAAGUCGCAUCCUUUUGUGUGCGUGCUGCUUCAUGCUUUGGAGGCUGCUGAUGUUCCUGUCAGACGGUUCCAUGAUUGGUGUGCCGAUGUUCGGAAGGGAUUCCUUCAGAGGAAUUGCAUCGCUCUCCCCAUUAACAUGCUCGCAAGGAAUGGGUAUGAUGGCUUGAAUGAAAUUCAAGUCGAUGCUAGAUCCUUCUUGACUCAGAUGAAUGCUUUGACCCGGGCUUACAUCCCGAUGUCGAAUCAUGUUGUUUCAAUUGGAGAGGACUUGAGACGUGUGAUCGAUCGACAUGACAAGUUGGAACGGAUGCUUGUGCAAUUCAUGGAAUCUGACACCAACAAUAAACACGAAGAUGAUGAAUGCGAGAGGCUGGCUUAUUCGGAUAUUGUUUUGGUGGGCCAACCGAAGACCCCAGCGAGGUUGUUUAUCAGCUUUUUCAAGGACUCGUACCACGUUCUCUACUACAACCAGUUGAAGACGAAGCAGUGGAAAUGCCUUAGCCAGCAGGAGAGGGGAAAGGUUUCCACGUGUUUCCGUCGACAGAAGAGAUGUGUGAGGCACAUGCUUUGCUUCUUGUGUUCGUUCCCGUCGGCGCCUCCUAAGAUCGGGCAGGCAUAUACUGAUUGGUUAUCAUGA